GCUGGCCGCUUCCGUGUUGAUGUGGUCGCAGGGUGAGGUGUUGUGCUGUCAGCUAAACAGUGAAGGAUUACCGGGAGCGGAACACCAAAGCCGGGGAAAGGAUGUUAAACUUCCCGUUAGGAACCGCUUCGACUCCUUGUUUUUCUCAAAUGGCGUAACGUCGCUCUGACGCGCAUCACCUGACCGUAAGCUCCAUCCCUGGAUCAUCACCAUGGCAUCCCCCAAGGCUAACGUUGGGGUGCAGCCGGACUCGAACCCGCACCCUCUGAAGGAGAGCAGGAGUGGCAACGCGGUGGCGGAAGACGAGGCAGCGACGCGCAGUGAGCGCGUGUACAGCCUGGACGACCUGGAGACGAUCGCAACCGUGGGCACGGGGACGUUCGGGCGGGUCUUCCUGGUCCAGGACCGGCGGGGUGGGGCGUACCUGGCCCUGAAGCAGAUGAGGAUCCCCGACGUGAUCCGUCUCAAGCAGGAGCAGCACGUCCACAACGAGAAGGAGGUGCUGAGCGAGGUCAACCACCCCUUCCUCAUACGCCUGUUCUGGACGCACCACGACGACCUCUUCCUCUACAUGCUGAUGGACUACGUGGCGGGCGGGGAGCUCUUCAGCUACCUGCGCUCGCGGGGUCGCUUCGGGAACGCCGCCGGCCUCUUCUACGGCGCCGAGCUGGUUGUCGCCAUCGAGUACCUCCACGCCCGCGAGAUCGUGUACCGCGACCUGAAGCCAGAGAACAUCCUUCUGGACGGCGAGGGACACAUAAGGCUGACGGACUUCGGCUUCGCCAAGAAGCUCUCUGAUAGGACCUGGACUCUGUGUGGGACCCCUGAGUACUUGGCCCCUGAGGUGAUCCAGAGCAAGGGCCACGGCCGGGCAGUGGACUGGUGGGCCCUGGGGAUCCUCAUCUUCGAGAUGCUCGCAGGAUACCCUCCGUUCUUUGACGACAAUCCUUUCGGAAUUUACCAGAAGAUCCUGGCGGGAAAGCUUGAAUUCCCUCGACACCUGGACUUCUACGUCAAAGACCUCAUCAAGAAGUUCCUGGUCAUCGACCGAGCCAGGCGACUGGGCAACAUGAAGAACGGGGCAGAGGACGUGAAGAAGCACCGCUGGUUCAAGACCAUCGAGUGGGACACGGUGGCCCAGAGGAAGCUCAAGCCCCCCAUAGUCCCCAAGGUGUCCCACGAGGGCGACACGUCCAACUUCGACGUCUACCCCGAGGACGACUGGAAGAAGGACACGCCGGUGCCCCAGAAGGACCUCGACCUCUUCAAGAACUUUUAAACGCCCACUGCCUGAGGGGGCUCCGGAUAAACUGCACCUUAAGGGGGCUCCGGAUUAGGAGCGCCUUAAGGGGGCUCCGGAUUAGCUGCACCUUAAGGUGGCUCCUGAGUACGGACCACUGCCCGAUUUAUUACUGGAAUAAUAAUAUUAAUAACUACAAUAAUGACGAGCAAACGCGUGUGUGAAGGGAGGAAGGUGUGGACUGUCGCUGUUGGUACCUACGACGGAAAUCGCUUGUUUUUUGGUCGGUGUGCAGAGCAGAAUUACAAAAUAAUUACGAAAUUACGAAAAAAAAUCAUGAACAGAGCGAUAGGACUGCUGUAAUGUUCCAAUCGACUGAAAAGUUACAAAUGUUUAUCGGUGGCAUUUAUUGGUGACGUACGUUCUAUCAAGAGUAAAACAAGUUUGUUUAGCGACAGAAUGCUGCUUUAGUAUUCUGUCGCUAAACAACUCUUGCUCCGAGGAAGAUCGCUACUGGGAAAAACAAAAGGUAUAACUGGUGCUCUUGUCAGGAUAUUUCACCAGAGUGGAAAUAGUAAGACUUGUUUCCAUCUUCUGUUUUAAAUGUUUUCGUUCGGUUAUUUUAUUUUUUCCGAAGCUGUACUUGUUUUCCGAUUUUUGUUCGUUAUCGUUUCGCUUGUUGGGGGUUUUGUUAAUUCUGUAUUUAAUUCUGAGCCUACUCAUAUGAUGCAAAAAAACCUCAAACUUCUUUUCAGAAACCACUUGACUGUUACAUUCUAUGUUUAUUACACGAGGAACGGUCAGGUCUUUUUUAUAUUGUUGGGUUUUUAUACUUUGGUCGUCUGUCAGCGACGGGUUUUUGGGGAAAACCAAAGCUUUACAACCCCCCGCAAAAAAAAAAAAUCUUUCGGAAACUGAUUUCUUAUUUAAAUGUGUCUUGAGUUCAAGUCUUUUACGUUUGUCAUGCUAUGGGGUUGAAACCACCUCCACGCUUGAUGCUAACAGCCUGCGAUCUACUCCCCUUACACUCGGAAACGCAUCAUGGUGCUUCUUACUUACGUUUUUAUCAUUGCUUUUACUUAAAUGUUGAUGGUUUACAUGUGGAAAGCAUCGCGGUUUGUGUUGUGUUUUGAGGAUUGUGGUGUUUCCUGUCCGACCUUGUUUGGGUUUUGAUUUUUUUCAAAAAGCCUUUUUCUAAUACGUUUUGUUUGUU